CAUCAGAGACGGGUCUGAGCAGAGUGUGGACACUUCACAUCACAUUUCACAUUUGAACUAAUCAUUAUUACUGAAGAGGAAGUUAUGUCGCUGGCCAGAGAUCUGAUGCAUCCUCUUUUCUCUGAGGAGCGGAGACGACAUAAGAAGAAGAGGCUUGUACAAAGCCCCAACUCUUACUUUAUGGACGUUAAAUGCGCAGGUUGCUACAAAAUCACCACCAUCUUCAGCCAUGCCCAGAUUGUGGUCCCAUGUGUUGGAUGCUCCACAGUCCUUUGUCAGCCAUCAGGGGGCAAGUGCAGACUCACUGAAGGUUGUGCCUUCAGAAGGAAAUAUUCCUGAAUAGUUUCCUACCAGCAUGGACAUCCUGUCAUAAAUGAAUGAUUUUAACUUCCUCUGUAUAUGAUUCCUGUGGAAUGAAAUGAUGAGCUAAUGAGAUAGGUCUAUGUUGUCUUGCAGUAUCUCACUACUUUACAUUCCUUUAAAAUGGGGCUAGUUUGGAGUAUAGAAAUAGCACUAUAACAGUGUAGCACUUAGUUUUAGUCAAGAUGAAUAAUGCAAUGUAACUCUGGAAAUGAACAUAUUACACCAUGAUUUUGU